AUGUCUAGGGUAUUAGACAUGUGGGGGUGUAGAGUUUUGGGAAGUCAGGUGAAGUGUCGGGAGCUAUGUCCCUUACUGUGUUUUAUGUUGGGGGGUCUGUUUGGCCUUUUGCUGGUAAAGUUGGGAAACGAGAGUGAAGCAGAAUCCAUAAUCAAACGUGACAGCAGUGCAGUGGCUACAAGUAUGAUAAAUGAGGGAAAGUGGAGCAACUUGUUCUGUGUCCGGAAACUUUGUACAUCUGAAUUUGGUUGA